UUGAAAUCAUUUGCCCCGUUGAAACCACACUCCCCUUUAUUGUUCUUUUCUACUCUUAAUUUGCCUCUUCUUCGUCUCCAUUGCUUGACUACUUUAAGCAAUUUUCGACGACUCUUAAAUCCCAAAAGCUUUUAAGAAUUUAAAGCAUGUCUGACCACGAGACUCCUAUGGUUAAUGGAGUAGUAGAACACAAGAUCGGUGAGGAGGUACUUCCGUUUGUGGAGGAUGAGUACGGGGGAGUGAUCGUGGAGAUGACAACUCCUACGGAUCCCAAGUGCUUCGUUGCAACGCUUAGAUAUUCGUUCACGCAGUGGCGAUCACAGGGUAAAAAAGGAGUCUGGUUAAAUUUGCCUCUCUCACAAGUUAACCUCGUGGAACCUGCAGUUAAGGAAGGUUUCCGGUACCAUCACGCUGAGCCAACUUACCUGAUGCUAGUUUACUGGAUUCCUGAAUCUGAGAGUACUAUUCCUCUGAAUGCUUCUCAUCGUGUUCGUGUUGGUGCUGUCGUUUUAAACCAUAACAAAGAGAUUCUUGUAGUGCAGGAAAAAUAUGGUAUGUUACGCGGAUCAGGUGUAUGGAAGAUCCCAACAGGUGUAGUUGACGAGGGAGAGGAUAUUUUUGCAGCAGCCAUUAGAGAAGUAAAAGAAGAAACAGGCAUCGACACAGAGUUCUUGGAGGUUCUAGCUUUCUGUCAAACCCACGAGUCAUUUUUUGUCAAAUCAGAUUUAUUCUUCAUUUGUCUGUUGCGACCUACCUCAUUUGAUAUCCAAAAGCAGGACUUAGAGAUUGAAGCAGCUCAAGUAAUUAAAUGGAUGCCAUUCGAGGACUCUGCCUCCCAACCUAUCACACACAAGAACGAACUCUUCAAAGUGAUUCAUCGCAUUUGCUCAUUGAAAAUGGAGAAGAACUACACCGGGUUUUCCAAAAAGCCCACAACAACUUUCUUCGACGACAAGUUAGGUUAUCUCUACUUGAAUAAACAAGAUAUGAACAAUCCUAUUACCUAAAGUUCUUACUAGAACAUAGAAGUUCAAUCAACAGUCAUUAAGGGUCACAUAGAGAAUAUCGUCUAAGCCUAAAAUAUAUUCAUCGAUCUGAACAAAAAGAAAUGAAUCAAGUUCAUUUUUCUUUUCCAAAAGACAUGUCAAAUACCUUUUUUCUGCAAGCAUAAUAUAUAUAAGAAGAGAUGGGAGCUCAUGAGGAGGAAAUAAGAAGAUAUGGUAUAUUGUUUGUAUUUGAUGAUUUGAAGAGCUCAAGACAGUUACAGACC